ACUCUUUUAAGAUCCAGUACAUGCAGUUCAUGGCAUACAUGAAAACUCCUCAGUAUAAAGCAAGUCUGCAACAGUUACUGGAGCAGGAAAAGGAAAAGAAUGCUCAGCUACUGGGGACAGCACAGCAGUUAUUCACCCACUGCCAGGCACAGAAAGAGGAAAUCAAACGUCUUUUUCAGCAGAAACUUGAUGAGUUGGGAGUUAAAGCUCUAACAUACAAUGACCUGAUUCAGGCUCAGAAGGAAAUCUCUGCUCACAAUCAGCAGCUGAAAGAACAGACGAAACAGCUGGAGAAGGACAACAGCGAACUCAGGAACCGGAGCUUGCAGCUGCUUAAGGCACGGUGUGAAGAACUGAAGCUGGAUUGGUCAACUUUGUCACUGGAGAACUUGCUCAAAGAGAAACAGGCAUUGAAGAAUCAGAUUUCUGAGAAACAAAAGCACUGUUUGGAAUUGCAGAUCAGCAUUGUGGAACUCGAGAAAAGUCAAAGACAGCAGGAGCUCAUGCAGCUGAAAUCGUACACGCCGUCUGAUGAGUCACUGUCAGUACAGCUACGCCAUAAAAACCAUUUGAGCCGUGAUCCUGAGGCCGAUAACAGCAGGUUCCAGCUGGAACUUGAAUGCUCUAAGUUUCCUAUGCCCCACAUCAAUGGCAUGAGCCCUGAACUGUCCAUGAAUGGCCAUGCUACACCCUAUGAAAUUCAUAACACUUUUAGCAGGCCCUCUUCCAAGCAGAACACCCCUCAGUACACCACCUCUCACCUGGACCAAGAAAUAGUUCCGUGUACCCCAAACCACAGCAGCAGACAGAAGGCAGACAAGAUGACGAGCUUGUCCUUACCUGAUUACACCAGGUUUUCCCCAGCUAAAAUAGCACUAAGGAGACACUUGAAUCAAGACCAUGCAGUCAAUGGAAAAGCAACAACUAAUGAGAUACAGAGAGCUGACCAUGUCAAAGAGAAUGGCCUUACAUAUCCAAGCCCUGGUAUUUCAAAUGGCAUAAAGCUGAGUCCUCAGGAAACUCAGCCCUCUUCCCCAGCGGCCUUACCAAUUGCAGGCGAGAAGGUUUUGAGAGAGAGAACCUCUGUGAGUAAUGGAGAAACUAUCACCAGCCUACCUAUCAGUAUUCCUCUCAGCACAGUGCAGCCCAAUAAACUCCCUGUUAGUAUCCCUCUGGCCAGCGUAGUCCUACCUAGCCGUGUUGAGAAGGUGAGAAGCACACCUAGCCCAGUUCAUCAGAGUAGAGACUCGUCGACACUUGAAAAGCAGAUUGGUGCUAGUUCUCAUAAUGGCGUAAGCAAUGCUGCUGGAAACAAGCCACUGGCUUUGGCUACCUCAGGUUUUUCUUACUCUUCUGGCUCCGUGGCAGUCAAUGGAAAUCUUACAAACAGCCCAGCCCAUCUUAACCAUAGUGUUGAUCAGGCAGCUCUGGACGACUCCGGGAGUCUCUUUAACUCAGUAGGGUCUCGGAGUUCCACUCCACAACAUCCUUUGCUAAUGAUGCAGUCAAGGAACUCGGGGCAAAACUCCCCUGCUCACCAGCACUCAACAAGCCCCAGGUUAAAUGGCACCUCCCAGAGCCUGGUAGGGGUUUUGCAAUAUGCAGAUGCUCAGAAGAUGUUUGCCGAAGGAACAAAGGGGGAUCUUCAGUCUGAUGCAGCGUUUUCAGAUCCUGAGAACGAGACCAAGAGAAGAAUCAUCUUUACGAUCUCUCCUAAUACAGGACAUGUAAAACAAUCCCCUUCCAACAAGCACAGUCCUCUGCCCACGAGCGCUCGGCUGGACUGUGGCCAAGCACAUGCGCAGGAUGGGAAGAAGCGAGGCCGGCGGAAGAGAUCCUCUACUGGGAAUCUCAGCGGGAACUCCGGGGUCUCCCCUAAACGCAAAUCCUUACCUACUGUGUCUGGACUCUUUACGCAACCGUCAGGUUCACCGCUCAAUAUCAACUCUAUGGUCAAUAACAUUAACCAGCCUUUAGAAAUAACAGCCAUUUCCUCUCCUGAAAACUCCCUGAAGAACUCUCCUGUUCCUUACCAGGACAAUGACCAGCCCCCGGUACUGAAAAAGGAAAAGCCCCUCAUUCAGACCAACGGCGUUCAUUACUCUCCUCUAACGUCGGAUGAAGAGCAGGGAUCUGAAGAUGAGCACAAUAGCAGCAGAAUUGAAAGGAAAAUUGCAACCAUAUCACUGGAAAGCAAAUCUCCCCAGAAGACUGUUGAAAAUGGUGGCAGCUUAUCUGGGAGGAAACAAGCACAAAGCAAUGAGAACAUGAAUAGCAGUAAAUGGAAAUCUACUUUUUCACCAAUAUCUGACAUCAACCUGACCAAAACUACAGAUAGUCCCUUGCAGUCGGCUUCAUCUCUGAGCCAGAAUUCGCUGUUUGCCUUCAGGCCGUCCUCUGAGGAUGGCCUUGCCCUCGAUGCCAAGAUCUCAGCACACACGAGGAAAAGCAUUGCCAUGCCCUCGUCCGGGGCAGAUGGGCUCAGCCCCAGUACAAACUCCACUAACGGAUUCUCGUACAACGGUGGACUGUCGACUGACAUUGGUUUACACAGCUUUAUCGAUGGUGCUUCUCUUCCGCAUAAGGCUUCAGACGUGACGGCUUCCAACUGCUCCCUGGGUUUCCAGUCACAGCGAAGCAAAGAUGUGGGAAUAUCAGAAACGAAUCCUUUUUUGAACAAGAGGCAACUCGAAGGCCUUGGUGGCACGAAAGGAGAAGACUUAAAUCGGUCAGGGGUCAAAGGCAAAGAGAUCAGCGAAAUAAGCAUUCGUACUGGGGGUUCUUCAGAAAAAAACUCUUUGCAGCAUAAUGGAAAGGUUGGCAAAGGAAGGGACCGAGAUGUGGAGUUUAAAAACGGCCACAACCUUUUCAUUUCUGCUGCUGUUUCGUCUGGUGGCCUUCUGAAUGGUAAAAGCCUUUCUACUGCUGUUUCUUCAGCAGGCAACCCAGCAUCUUCUGUUCCGACGCACCAUCCUUUCCUAAACACUUUGACCACUGGAUCGCAGUUCCCCCUUGGCCCCAUGGCCUUGCAAGCAAACCUCAACUCGGUGACAAAUUCCUCAGUAUUGCAGUCCUUAUUUAAUUCAAUGCCAGCUGCUGCCAGUCUGGUCCACGUGUCAUCAGCUGCAACCAGACUGACUAAUUCUCACACUAUGGGGAACUUCUCUCCUGGGGUUACAGGUGGAACAGUUGGAGGUAACUAGGAUUUCUACCUCAACCCAAUGUGACCUAUGCAAGGACAACGUGGACCAACUUCACUCGGCUUCCACUGAAAGGUGCUCACCUGGCCUGUGCAGGGGUUUCUACUCUUACUACUGGACAAAACAAAAACACAAAAAGACCUAAACAACAGAGAAAAAAAUAUUUACUGUGAAUCUGAGUAAAAAAAAAAGAAAAAAAGGCAAAAAAAA